UCGGAUUCAUUAUUCAUAUAUAAGGCGUUCGCCUCCGAAAUUUCCUGGUUGUUUCAAAGAUAACACUGCUACUAUCUUUUUCCUUUAAUGCCAUAGCUUCUGCUCUAAAGAAGAAGAAGAAGAAGAACUAGAAAUGGGGGGAGGCAACGGUCAGAAGUCCAAGACGGCGCGUGAGAGGAACAUGGAGAAGCAAAAAGCUGCCAAAGGAAGUCAGCUUGAAUCGAACAAGAAGGCCAUGACGAUCCAGUGCAAGGUGUGCAUGCAGACUUUCAUAUGCACCACAACAGAGGUGAAGUGUAGGGAACAUGCAGAAGCAAAACACCCCAAAUCUGAUGUUUCUGCAUGUUUUCCUCAUCUUAAGAAAUGAAAUAAUACCGAGGAGAAAGUACUUGUAGACAUGGGUACAAAGCUUCAUCUCUAAUAUCUUAUUGUUAUUAGGUUUAAAGAUUAUGCAAAAGAAUCACUCCAGAGUCCAGAGGAGUAGCCACAAAGUCGGUAGGAUCGUCUUCCACGAGCUUUAAACUAAAAUCCCAAUAACAUGAAGCUUUGCAUAUGUUUAUGGAAAUCAAAAAAAUUAGUGGAAUUCCUUGUAUUGUUGUUUUUUUAACCUUUACAUUACUUCUAUUUGUGGUCCUUGCAUUGAAACACCCAAUUGGUUC